GUGAUUUGUGGUCUUAUGUGUUUUGUCGUUUUGUCGUUUUGUGGCAUGAUCACUAGAUUGUUGUGUAAGCUUGUUGCGCAUUUGUUUUGUUUUUUUACCGCCAUUCUUAAAUGUGGUUAUAUUAUUCUGUUCUUGCUAUUGAUUGUUGUUUAUUUAGCGGCUACUUUCAAUCAACAGGUGUCUGUGAGAAUAAUCAAAAUUAACUGCUUAUUGUUAAUGAUCAAAUUAUUACGGUACUUUUAAACGUGUAAAAUAAUGUUAGAGGUGUGUAACCUAUACCACCUGUAAAAACAUAUAUGUUAUAAGAUACAAACUUGUAGUCAUGAAUAAACAGGACCCUAAACUGAAACGAUUUGCUUCUCUUAUUCAUAAGCUGAAAACACUAUUAAAAUGUCCCAUUUGCCUGGAUGUAAUACAAGAAGCAGUAGAAUUGGACUGUUGCCAUAAAUUAUGUGACAGUUGCUACCAUGAAUUAGUUUCUAAAGAAAUGUUGAAACACUGCCCAAUAUGCAAGGCCACCCUCAAAAAGCCAUCCACAUUAUACAAGGACAAGUACUCUGACACUAUUGGCAAAUUUGUUUCUGUUAUGGGUAUGCAGUUGGAAAAUGUUUACAAGCUGAAAGUUGAAGCACUUGCUGACGCACCACAGAUAGAUGAAUCAAAUUUAACGGCUAGGGUCUCAAAAGAUGUUCCUAAAGCAAUUAAUCAUAGAGAAAGCAAUAAACCAAACAAAGAAAAUGUCAUUGUAAGGAAGCUUCCAGUGCGACAAGCAAAACCAGCCGAAUAUUUGAAAACAAAUUUGAAAAUCGAUAAUAUUCCGAAAAAUAGCCAGAAUAGCAGUGAAGAUGACCUGUUUGAUAAAAUUUUAGGAACAAGCAACACUAUGAGACUUAAUAAAAAAGGUACUAAAACUAUAUAUACAAACAAACAAAAAAUAAACAAAAAGACUGAAGAUGAAUAUAGGGUUUUGGACUUUGAUGACGAUGAAACUAAACAAGCUGUCUUGAAUUGGCUAAAUGAUACCAGAAACCAUUUUGACAGAUUAACACAAACACAGAUGAUGGAACCCUCACAUGACGAACAAGGUAUCGACUUGCCUUCAGUUUCACAACCAAAUAAAAGAGUAAAGAAACGCAGGCGAGUUAGAUCAUUAGAUUUUGAGAAAGAAAAGAGACCUGUAACAUCAAAAAGAUACUCUGAUGGCCAUGUUAUGGAGCCUGACAACUAUAACAUCGAGAACCCAAAUACUGAAGGACUAAUUUUGGAAGAAAAAUUAGUGGAGAAGGCCCAGCAAAAUGUUAUUCUUCAUAUCUUGGAAGAUGAGUAUUUAAACAAACUAGAGUAUGAGAUGGUUGCUCCUGAGAACAAUGAAGUUAAAGAAAAAAAUACAGGUAUUGCUGGAGUAAGCCUUUCAUCUUGUAACAGUGGAUGGAAUAGGAUAACAGAAAUCAAAGAAACAGCUGAUAAAGGUGGAAAAGUGCCAAAGCAACUCAACAUCAAAUUACAGAAUGUGGAAAAGACUAGCCCUAGAAAUAAUGAAAUGGUAGAUUUCCAACAGUAUAAGGAUCAAAGCCCAACUGAAGCUGCCAAACAACAGCAAAGUCCAAAGCUUAAUAAGGACAUACUUCCAGAAAUACAGAGUUCUGAAAACGUUGCAACACCAAAGUCAUUAUAUGCUGAUAUACCAGCAAAUACGUUGAGCAAGAGGCAGAUUGUUGAAACUGAUGCUGCAACUGAAAAUAAAUCUACACUACCUUAUGUUCAUGGUGAAUCCGCCAACACUACUUCUCCUAUAAAUGAAAAAGAUAAAGUGGCCAAUAAAAAGAUCUGCAAGAGCCCUUUAUAUAAACUCCAACAUAAGUCAGAUUAUAUUAGCAGUCGGAAUAAUACUCAGACAGAUAAUACUAAAGCAAUCCAAACCUCGAUUGGCAUGGCUGACCAAAACAUUCACCAUGCAACUAUCUUGCCAAAUCAUAAAAAUACUCCUGAUGGAUCUGUUACAAAAGAUGUGACGGCAUUACAAAAUGAAGACGAUGAAUCUUUUGGUGACUAUGACAUUCCCACGCAAAAAAUUACCGCUGUUUGUGAUUCUAAGUUUUGCGAACCUGUGAAAAAAUUACUGGAUUUUAUAUCUGAAUACGUUCAAACGUGUUUAAAGGAAGUUGAUUUGGAAGGUGCUCUUAAUGCAAUAGAUAAAAUUAAAGCAUAUGUAGACAGAUUAAAAAAUAAUAAUGUUGUUCAUACGUCUGUUCAAACAAGUCCAGUUUCUAAGCGAGAUGUCUUUGUGGAAACGAGGUUACAAACAUAUGAUGAAGCAGUUCAAACAGGAGAGGUUUUAAAGAAGAUGUGUUCUGUACAAACAUUUGAAACAUUUAAAAAAGAUGCUAUUCUACAAACAGAAUCCUUAAGUUUAAAAAAUGUCAUAGAAAAUACUCUAAAAUCAUCUCAACUGUUGGAAAAAAAUAUGCUAAAUAAGUGUCAAGAAAACAAGGCAAACAGGAAUGUAGAGGAUGAAUUGCUGACAAAUAGUCUAGAUGCUAUAGAUUUCAAUACACUUGAUAUAGUUAAAAAUUCUCAUAGAGUUGAAAGCAGUUUUGACGAAAAAAUGCAAGAAAUGGCUGCAAGCCCGAGAAAACGUUAUGUUCACCAGAAAAUAGUAAGAGUUCCAAAAGUUCCAAACAAUCGAAAAGAUGUGAAGGAUAAGCUUCCACCAGAGAUCAAAGAAGGUUUUGCUGCUAUCUUAUGCGCAGUAGUUCAAUUUACUUAUAAAAAAUGCAAGCAAGAUAAAGACCUGGAAUUCCCGAGCAAAAAUAUUUUAAGCUAAACGCUAUUUGUCAUUUAUUUUGCAACGCUUGACCAAACGACGAGAGUUUAUUUUAUGUAGUGUUAGCAAUCGUACUUCCAACGCCUUGCACAAAGUGACCAACCACCAUAUAAUAAACAGAGAGCUGAAGCUUUGUCAAAGUUGAAACGUGUUCGUACAGCCGCUUCUUGGCAACAGUAUACUCGUACAUACUCGUAUUUCAGAAAUCGUGCAUUAACACUCGCGCGGAAAUGAGAAAGAGAUUAUUUACAAGAUGUUCAAAAUCAAGAUAUAAAAAAGUUUUAUAAAAUCCUAAACACUUUCAAAGUGCAGUCUCAGAAAGAUUCUACAAUUCCCAUGAGUUUAUCAGAUCUGCACAAAAUAAAUGCGGCAUAUAUUUCAAUUUUUGAGAACAGUGACUUGAAGUGUGCUGAUAAAAUUGCAUAAUACCGAGCGAAUAACGAUAACUCAAACUCCGAAUUUCAAUUUAGUAAAGUGAAUAUUGACCCCGUUGUUAAAAUCAUUCAUAAAAUAUAAGCAAAUUCUAUUGUUUCAGAUGGGAUAACUUUGCAUAUGAUACUACUAUGUACGAGUAUAUCUGAAAUUGUUGUGUACUUAACACAUAUAAUCGACUGCUGUUUAGAGAGGGGAUAUUUCCCAGAUCACUGGAAACACGACAUAGUUGUUCCGCUACCCAAGUGUUCUGAUCCUACACUAUGCUCAACUGAGACCGAUCUGUGUACUGCCCAUUUUCUCAAAAAGAUUGGAGCGCCUUGUUUACGAGCAGCUUUGCGUCUACUUCUAACAAAAUUAUUCUGUCUAAACAAUCUGGAUUUCGAUAAGGUCAUAAUACAGCUUCAGCACUGUAAUUUAACAGACAAUAUAACAAUGGCGCUUGACACCCAAAAAGUAGUAGCUCUCAUAGUUCAUGACUUUACUAAAGCAUCCGACAUAAUUAAUCAUUUACUUUUUGUGUCUAAAUGCAGUUAUUAUGAAUUUCUGAAAACGCUCUUUCGUUUAUUCAAACCUACCUUGAAAAUCGGUUUGAAAAAGUUUAAAUCAACAGUACUCUACCGUACAAACAAUUUGUCCUGGUGUACCACAAGGAUCUGUGUUAGGACCCCUGUUAUUUUCAUUAUAUAUAUACACAUAGUAGAAAAAUAAUAGGCGAAUUCCGCCAAAAAUGAGAGUGAAUUCGAGCAGAAAAUAGGAUAGGUAACCCGAGCGAUACGUUUUUCUGCUUGGUGGCUUCAUCAGACAUUUAUGCAACUACAAAAGAAGAUACAUAUACCCAUACAUUCGGGUACGGUUGUAACCUGAGGAAACGAAGAUGGACAGGGAAAUGACACACGAAGUUACAAACAACCGUAGACACGUACAAACAAUACGUAUCACUCGGGUUACCUAUUGUAUUUUCUGCUCCAAUCCACUUUCCUUCUUUUUGCGGAAUUUGUCCACUAUUUUUCUAUUUGUUGUAUACAUUUUUUCUGCAUGAUCCUCUUCUCUUUGUAAAUCCUUUGGGCUUGAAGUACCACAGAAAGUGGCUAUAACCGGCAGCGUGGUUGUGGUUAGAUGUUGCCUUGAAAAUUCGAGGUCUCCUAACCAUUUUAUACUACAAUGAGAAAGUUGGUUCUUGCUUGUGACUUCGUGUGUCAUUUUCUUUCCCUCUCCAUCUUCGUUUCCUCAAGUUACACCCGUAUCCGGGUAUAUGGGCAUAUGUAUCUACUUUUGUAGUUGCACAUGUGCAUUCAUUGCGGGCCUGAUGAAGCCAACAAGCAGAAAUACGUAUUGUUCGGGUUACCUAUCCUAUUUUCUGCUCGAAUCCACUUUCAUUCUUUUUGCGGAUUUUGCCCACUAUUUUCCUAUUUUUUGAUAUAUAUCUUUCUUCGCAUGAUCAUUUUCUCUCUCAUCUUUUGAAUAGUACGCUCUACAUAUAUAUGCGAUAUGUUACUCGUUAUUUAUGCGACUAAAAUCUGCAACGACCGUUGCUCCAAAAUGAACUGAAAUGACUGCACACAUGAAAUUUUUUGUUUGACAAUUUUUGCUGUGUGUCUAAAAAUAAAGUGGUGAGGGGUAUUCAAAUGUUUCCGUAAGAAACACCCUGUAUCUUCGAAACGGUUAAGCCGAUUUUAACAAACUUCACCUAGUUGAAAAGAGCUGUUAUUCUUGGGCUACAAAUCUAAUAAUGUAAUAAUAUAUGAAGUUUUGUCAGUUGGACAUGGGCCGCUAGACUGCUUUUUUCGACAUUCCGACAGAAGUUAAUUUUCUCAAAAAAAUUAAAAAAACUUUUUGAAGAGCGAGCGAGAGCACAUUUUGAAGAUUGUACAAAAGAAAAUGGUGAAUAUCAGUAGAUGAUUGAGGCCGAAUCUCAGCCUCUCGGGCAGGAGGUGAAGGGGUGGUUUGUGUGGUGGGGUAAGGGGCGGGGGGGGG